AUGGAGCAGCCACGAUUGCAAGAUGCUCCUGGCAUUGUGGUCCUGCGGCUCCCCGCUCGUGCGAAACCCGGCGAUGCAGAAGUCAGCUCCCUGCGCAAGCAUGGGCUCCAAGCUCCGUGCGACGCAGAAGGCUGGACCACCUUGAGCGAUGGGAGUCGUUUGGGUUUCGUUUGCCUUGCUCCUCCCAGCAGCGCCUCCUCUCCGGCCGAAGCCUUGCUCGAGUGCCGCAGACGGGUCGAGCAGUUUUUGCAGAGCGGAGGUUGGAAAGACUGUGGCUUGCAAAAGUGGCCUCUCCAUCAUCGUGCUCGUCGUACCGAGCUCGUCCUGCAUGCGCUGCGGACCCCGAAGAUAUUGGGUUUGCUGCGCCAUAGCUUUCCACAGAGGCUCGUGUGGCUGCAGACCGCAGGGCGCCUUCCGUUCCUGGAUCAGCUCUAUGCGAUCUUCGGCGAGGCCGUGGCCUGGUCCUUCGCCUGGCACGUCUCUCAAUUGGUGUGCUUGGUGGGCAUCGCGUUGGCGUCCGUCAUUUUCACGGCCAUCAAGUGGAGUGAUGAGACGACGUACCAAAGCUUCAUGCCGACUGCCACCUUCUUCCUCAUCACGUGGUGCAUCCUGACCAUCGAAAGCCAAGAGGCAGUCAUGGCGAAGCUCCAAGAACAUUGGCAGCCGAUGAGAAGCCUCAGGUCCGAAGAAGUCACUAGCGAGGUCAGCAGCGAGCAAUCCUUCCAUGCGAGGACGAGCUCAAAGCGACGGUGGCAGGAGUCCAAGUUCCUGGCGUGCCUGCGACGGAACGUGCGCUUCGAGCUCUGUUGCGGUCCAAUUCUUCUUUUUGAAUGGCUGUUCAUUUGGUGUUUCUUCCUGGGCUUCUUCUGGCUCCAAUUAUGGACCACCUUUGAGUGGGGCGGUUGUCGCGAGUACAAUGAGCGCACCGGCACGCGAGACUGCAUGUCGCCGGAGUUCCUGUACCCUGUGAGCGGCAAGGUCUUGGCUGCGGUGCCCUCCUUCGCGCAGGGCUUUGCCUUUGAAUUGGUCUCGGGGCUCUCGAAGUUGAGCGUGGAUCUCAUCGUCUCUAUGCAGGUGUGGCCCUCCAAUGAAGAGAUGCGUUGCACCGCCGCGAGCUACUAUUUCUUCCUUGAAGUGGUGGGAAAACUGGGCUUUAUUUGCGUCUUGGGCUUCCUCUAUGUGCCAGAUUACGGGGGCGAUGAAAUGGGCUGCACUGGGCGCUUGGAUUUCUGGUUCUUGGGCAAUUGGUCGUUUAGCUGUUUGAAGCUCAACGUGCCGCGCACCUUGCGGUUCCAACUCUUCUUGGCCUCUGUCAAAGGGCCCUUCUUGAUCUCCGGCAUUCUGGGCAUCUUCAAGAAGACGCUCUUGCCGAUUCUUCUUGAGAAGUUGCGGAGCUUGGAGAACCUCUGGUGGCCCCUGGACUACCUGGUCAGGUGUGUCAUUGCAGUGUUGCGGCUGCUGGUUCUUCUGUUGUACUGCGAUUGGCACGCACGAGAUGCUGGUGGAGCCGCCUCCCUCCGUGCACUGCUGCGCCUGGCGGACGAUGCCAACGACGCAGACGCCGAGCGACGGCGAGCGCUGGCGGAGGGGCGCCGGCGGGUCUUCGACCCCUUCGAGGAAUGCAUCGAGUUGCUCUUGCAUUUCCUUUGGGUCUCUUGCUUCUUCGUGGUUUAUCCCUUGGGCGGCUUAUUGGCCUUUGGCAACCAGGCCCUGGAGCUCCGCUGCGACACGGUGAAGCUCCUCGCCGCGCGCCGGCGGCCGUGGCCCCGCGCGGCCGUGGCGGAGAAGAAGUGGCUUCCGUCAUGUGCCCAAUGGAUCGUUCAUAUUGCCAUCGUCAUGAACGUCCUGGUCUUGCUGUUGCCCUUCGCUCUGGCGGCACAAGAGUGUGGCGCUGUGCUGGUGACGGAGAAUCUGUGCACUCUGACCACGGCGCUGACCGCGCUGGCGGCCACAGUAGGUUUUGAAGUCUACUGGUGCUUCUUGCGAUGGUUCUUGCGGCGAUGCGGAAGAAGCAAAGCAGCAGAGCGAACAGCAGGCGCCCACGAGACCAUCAACCACAUUGUGCCCGCGCCGAUGGAAGUGAAGCCGAAGUCCAUGCCUUCGCCACGGGAGGCUUGGAGGUUGUUUUGCGAUGCUUUCGGUGAGUUGGAGAUAGGACAUCCACCACCCUACCCUCCACCACCGGGAGGCAAGGGACCCCCACCUCCGCCGUAUGGCCAUCCGCCACCUCACGGUCACCCACCACCUCACGGUCCGCCGCCGCACGGCUAUCCGCCACCUCAUGGUUAUCCACCUCCACCUCCCCAUGGCUAUGGACCACCGCCCCCGGGACCGCCGAUGACUAGCAGCUAUACGCAGGUCAUCUCCUCCGGUGCGGCUUAUGUGGUGGGUCCCGGGCACGAGUUUGAGCGGAUGGAAGACUUCUUUGCACCACCGCUGGAGAAUUGGGGCGGUCCAUAUUUGACCAUGCUGCAGUUCCUCUCUCACCAUGGCUGGCUGCUGGAUUUGCCUUUGGACCAGCGGAAGCUCCUGCUGCUCAGCGUGCCCUUCUGUGCCGGCUUCAUGGAAUGCCCAUCUCUUCCAAGAUUUCUGCAAGACAACUGGCUUCCUGGGAACCCCCAGGCACUGGGCGUUUCGAUGUUGGGUACUGAUUGCCAGUCGAGCAGCACCUGGGCCGCCAAGGAGAGGUACGUGACCCGAACGUUUCCUGGACAAGUUCUGCAACUUCGCCAGAUGGAUUUGACUCAUGCGAGCCUGCCCAAGUGCUCUUUGGCUUUGGGCGUACAUCCGGAGGCUACCAGGACGGGCUGGGUGGAAAUUAUCUCAAAGGUUGUCCACAGCCUUCUGCCUCACGGCCUGUGCGUGUUCGCUACCUACUUCGACAUUGAAGCCGCAGAGGUGCUUCGCGUGUGCCAGAGCUGUGGGAUGAAGAUGCAAAUCUUUGAAAAUCCUUACUACCAGGCCUUUCGCGAGCUGCCGCCGAGCCCGGCACUGCGCUUCCUCGUGGUUGGGAAAACGUCCGAAGCCCGACUCGGCCGGUCGGUGAAGCAUCCCGCCCUGUCCCGAGGUUUAUGUUCGAUUUUCCGCAUUCCACCACCUUCGACCGAACAGAGGGGCUACGACGUGCCCACGGAAACAGACUGGGUAGGCCGUCGCCCUCCCGAAGGGAAGAGCUGCAGGAUGAAGCAAGAGCUGAAGAGGUUCAUCCAGACACGUUUUCUCAAGGUCUCCCAGGCUCGGUCCGAGUUCGCCCAGCUUCACACCCCGGGGGCGUUCCAGGGGCGAAUUAAGACCUUCAAUGCCAAGCAUGGCUUUGGGUUUAUCGAUUGCCCUUUGGCCGCCGAGAAGUAUGGCCGCGAUGUCUUCAUCCACAAGGGGCAGCUCGGGGACGUGCCCGUGGGCAGCGAAAUCACCUUCCAAGUCAGGGAGAACAAGGACGGACAUCCACAGGCCAAGGAUGUGAAGAACAUGGAUGGUUCGAUUCCGGGUCCUUAUCCCGAAGACGAGGAUGCUGGUCACCAGGACGCCAACGGCGAAGGCGGCAAGGGCAAGAGGAAAGGUGGCAAAGACGGAGGAGGCGGUGGAAAGGGUGACCGUAAGGGCAAAGGAGAUCGAAAGGGAGGGAAAGGUGGGAAAGGAGGAGGCGGAGGCAAAGGAGGUGGAGGUGGAAAGGGGAAGAAAGGUGGAGGUGGCAAAGGUUGGUGA